GGGUGGAGCUGGUCAAGGUUCAAAGUUCUCAACUACCAAACAAAGACCUUACGCCCCUUAGCCGAGUCACGCGGUGGUUGGUUUAGAGCGGCCUCUGUGCUGCUAGGAGGAGAUCGUGAAGGCGAGGUUCAGUAGAGAGCCAGAGAGCACGGGAGGAGAACUGAAGAAUGGCUCGCUACAACGUCCGCGACUGCUGGAUGGUGGAGGAGCUGAGAAAGGAGAGAGAGGCCAGCCAGCUCGACAUCGAGGAGAUCACCAAUUUCAUCAGCGGGAACGAGGUUCUCACCGCCCGCCGCAGGGAAAUCUAUGAGAGGGUUCUGAGUGAUCCGGAAUUUGCCCGAGACGACAGGUAUUUCCACAGCAGAGAGGAGGCUUUUGACGAGGCAGCUCGUAAGGCAGUCCACAAGAUCAAGCUGCUGAAGGAGAUGGACAUCGCCUCGCAGGUUGACAAGUACUACUUCAGAGGAGCUGUAGAUGAAGAGCUCCCAACACAACUGAACGAGACUAUGUUUAUCCCUACCAUUGAGUCUCAGGGUACGGAGGAACAGAAGAAGAAAUGGCUGGAGCCAGCCAGAGAAUACAGAAUCAUGGGGGCCUAUGCCCAGACUGAGCUAGGCCACGGUACGUAUCUCCGUGGGUUGGAAACCACGGCAACCUACCGCCCUGAGACGGAGGAAUUUGUGAUUCAUUCUCCGACUCAGACCUCCAUCAAAUGGUGGCCUGGUGGACUUGGACAUUCAAGUACGCAUGCAGUGGUGCCAGCUCGUCUCGUAACACUCGGAAAAGACCACGGAAUGCAUCUCUUUAUUGUGCAGCUCCGUAGCCUCGAAGACCACACCCCCUUACCAGGUAUAAAUGUAGGGGAUAUUGGACCAAAAUUUGGAUAUUUUGGGAUGGACAACGGGUAUUUGCAGCUGGAUAAUGUACGGAUCCCUCGCGACCACAUGCUCAUGAAAUACGCCCAGGUAGCUCCUGACGGGACGUAUUCAAAGCCUCCAACUGAUAAAAUCACCUACGGUACAAUGGUUCAGGUGCGGACAGGCUUGGUUCUGUUCACGGCUCAUGCUCUAGCAAGGGCCCUAGUAAUCGGCGUGAGAUACAGUGUAGUCAGAAGACAAGGAGAAAUCGAACCUGGAGCCGGGGAGGUACAGGUAAUGGACUAUCAGACACAGCAGUUUAAGCUCCUCCCACUCCUGGCGUCGGCAUAUGCUCUGUCAUCCACUGGGGUUGCCAUGAUGAUGAUGUUUAUCCAGGGGAGUAAUCUCUCUGUAAUCUGUCAGUAAUCUCUCGUGAUAAUUAUGAUGUUUGUCCAGGUCAGGGGUCAGAUCGAGGAAGGAAACCUUGAUUUACUGCCUGAACUCCAUGCUACCAGUGCAGGUCUCAAAGCCAUUUCUGCCGAAAUCUCCAACAACGGAAUUGAGGUGUGUCGGAUGGCAUGUGGUGGUCAUGGUUACUCGCAGGCCAGCGGUUUACCUCAUCUCUAUGUCAACUAUGUUCCAGCCAAUACCUAUGAGGGAGAAAAUACUGUUCUAUUCCUUCAGACUGCAAGAUACCUGAACAAGCUGUACUCCAGUGGUCAACCAAUGUCAGCACUCCCUACCAACGUCUGUUACCUAGCAACAGACUACCCAGGCCACGCCUCCUGCGGGGUGCGAUCGGUGAACCGACUAUCAGACCCUCACCUUCAGUUGGAGGCGUUCCGUCAGCGAGCCCGGAGGAUGGUGGGCGUGGCUAGCUCCGCCUACCAACGGGCUCUGGGGCGUGGCCUCACACAGCCUCAGGCGUGGAACUCCACCACCGUGGAUUGGACUGUGGCCGCUAAGGUUUUUACCUUUUCAGUAAUUUAUUUCAUUACUAAAAACCAAAAAUUUGUGUGGUUUUAUAUUUUCACACACCUAACCUAUAAUUAUAAUUAUUCUCUAUUGUUUUAGGCUCACUGUUACUACUGUUGUCCUGAAGUCGUUCAAUGAUGCAAUCGAGGCAAAGGGGCUGUCCCCAGCCAACGAUGUCAUAAUGAGAAAACUGUGUUCGCUGUAUGCCAUGUACUGGAUGGUGCAGAGCAGUGGAGAGUUUAUGACUGAUGGCUAUAUGACUCCCUACCAUAUCUCGCUGGCCCGCUCUCUCCUCUACUCCCUGUUAGCGGAGGUCAGGAAAGAGGCAGUUCCAUUAGUCGACGCCUUUGACGUCCCAGACGAGAUACUAAACUCCGCCCUCGGUCGCUAUGACGGCGAUGUGUACACUCACCUCUACCAGUGGGCCCAGAGAGCUCCUCGCAACAAGAAGAAGGUCCAUGAUGUGUACCACAAGUACUUCAAGAAACUGCUCAAGCCUAAAUUAUGAACUGUACUAUUGGUGCAGUGCCGAGUGCAGUGCUUUACAACCGGGAAAUCCCCCUUUGAAUUUAAUAAGGCAAGAUAUGGGGGCACGCGGCGCUGUAUCACCAGCAACAACGCGAGAAUUGACGGUAUAUCACGCUAGGCGGCGCCGCGUAGGUGUAUUUAAUAUUUAUAGGCCGGGCCGCCGCCGGCGAGCGACUAUAAAAGCUGAGCUGUGCGCGCACAGCUCAUACCUACAGCGUGCGCUCGACGGGACCCGAAAGUCAAAAAAUUAGCAAGCCACUGCGAUUGCUACACCGUGCCGUAAGACAUCUGAACCUUCCAUCGGUGCUGCAGCGAGCGCUGUGCACGCUGGAGCUGUUGCUGGCGCAGAUGUCGAGACGACGGGGGCAAGAACUGCACACGGAGACAAUAGCUGGAGGCGCCCCGUCCGUCAUGGUAGUCGUAAGGCAGAGCGAGCCGCUGAGGCUUGAAGCUUGCAGUAACCGCAGUGUCUGCAACGCGGGAGGUGCGGAUAGGCUCGGAGACGGCGAGAACUGGGAAGGACAGGACUUUUUGCAGAACCCCGAGCUGAUGAGCUGCAGUAGCGAGGAAUGUGAAGAAGACAGUGGAUGGCUGGUGGUUCCAGCUAGAGAAGAGAGUGGAGCUCUGUCAAGCCAACUGGUUACUGGAUUUCACUUCACCUCUUCUCUGCCGGACUGAACUUUACUCACAGAGACUUUGUGUCGUUUGCCUUUGCUUUGACUUUGUUGUUCUGACACAUGCAUGCAUGCAGUUGAUUUGUUUUCCUUCACCUUGCUACCUAACUUCGUUGGUUGACACAUGAACAAAAUAUUGUAUCACAUUAUAAAUUUUACAUUUAGCUAUGAUGUCUGUGUGUGAUUAUGUUCAUACAUCCCAUGUUGUUACAUAAAACACUGCGCAGAAUACAUGUAAGCAGUUAAAGAUCACACUCUAUGGACUUGCUUGUAUAUACUCUCACAAAAAUGGAUCUUUCAACUGAAUCGAGGAAAUUAGGUAUUAUAUUAGUCUCUCCUGUCAUUAAUGGUCAUUUCCUGGAGCAUUUCCUCCAAACCUACUCUUGGAACAUCUUCACUGACAUCACUGUCCCCCACUGCCACUGUCUGAUGUCCUGGAUCUUAAUAAAAAUGAGUUGCUGAAUACUCAGUCUUAUGAAAGUCAAGC